AUGGUAACAAUUGAUGAUUUUUAUGAAUCAAAUACAAGUAAUUCAGAUUCGGAUAAUGAUUCAGCAUUGAUGGAUGAUGCACAUUCUGAAAUUAUUUCAUCAUCCAUAACAACAAAUGGUUCUCUAUCAUUAAGUGAUGAUGAAAAUUUUCUAAUUAUUAAUAAAACAAAAACGGAUAGAAUAGAAAAGUUUUUAUUUAAAAAAAAUAAAGAAAAAUUACAAAAAUAUGCGAAAAUGAAUGGUUUAAUUAAUAAAUUUUAUCGACAACAGAUAUGGCCUUUAUUAAUCAAUUCACCAUCCUAUUGUUCAGUAGAAUUUGAUCAAACAAAGAAAAUAUAUUUUUGUCCAAAUGAUUAUUACGCAGCAGAUAAAACUCAAAUUGAAUCACAUCGAUAUUAUGGACAAGUUCGAAUGGAUGUUGAAAGAACAUUAAAACGUUUUCCACCAAAUUAUUCGGAUUCGGAUAGAAUUGAAUUACAAGAAGAACUGAUUGUUGUUAUUAUCAAAAUUUUAAUUAAACAUGAUUAUCUAAAUUAUUAUCAGGGUUAUCAUGAUAUUUGUUUAACAUUUUUACUUGUACUUGGUGCAGAUGUAUGUCUUCCAUAUAUUGAUACAAUUACGAAAUCACAUUUUAAAGAUUUUAUGGAACCAACAAUGGAGAAAACACGUGAUCUACUUUCUUAUUUAAUGCCACUUAUCCAUUGUAUCAAUAGUGAGUGUGCUGAAUAUAUGCAGAGAGGUGGUGUUGGAAAUGUAAUGUUUGCCUUAUCAUGGUUUAUCACAUGGUACUCACAUGUAUUAGAUGAUCUUGAUAUAAUUCUUCGACUUUAUGAUUUAUUUAUUGUUUCACAUUUUCUUAUGCCAAUUUAUGUAGCUGCUGAAAUUGUUAAUUUUUAUUCAAAAGAAGUUUUAUCCACUGACUGUGAUAUGCCAUCAUUACAUCAAUAUUUAACUCGUGUACCUAGUGAAUUAGAUAGUAAUAGUUGGGAAGAAAUUAUUAGACGUGCUUUACAUCUAUUUCGAAAUCAUCAUCCUGAUACACUUGAUGUAUUAAAUGAUGAAUGGAGAAGAAAAUGUGAAUUCAUUGAUAAUCCACCAAUGGAAACAAUACUUCGCAGACGUUAUGGUAAAGAUUCUUCUCAAAAUGAUAAUGAUGUAGAAAAAUCAUUAGAUAUUAAUGAGCAUCAAGGUGCAUUACCACGUAUUGUUCUUUGGGGUGUAACAUUAACAAUAAGUGGAUUAGCUAUCUAUAUAUGGAAUCAUACACAACGAACAGAUCCGACAACAUUUAUAAGUCUCGGAGAUUUUCUUGCACAGUUAUAUGGAAAAUAA